GAGCAAUAACAUCGCUUAUAGAAAGGGCUAUCCACCGAAAACCGAAAACGGCUCCCUCAACGCCAUCUGCACACAUGAAGACGGUCUGAAAAAACGGAAAGACUGGGGACUUAAUCCACCGGAGUACCAGCCAGAAACUACAGCCACAGGACGCCUGCCUCCUGUAUGGAAAAAGGCUCGCAAAUAG